AUGUGGCUUCGAAUGUCAGCGGCACCAGCACUUAUCAUGCUUUUGUGCAUUUCGUCUCUAGAAGCUGGUUGGCUUGAACCAUAUCCUAAUUGCGGAAGAUGUCUCAAAACAACAGAAGAUGUACACUUAGAUGUGCUUAGAACUUUAAAUGUUCUAGAGUCAGCUGUGAGAAAAACCUGCCGAAUUCACUCAGACACAGACUCCAUUAACGAUCAACUAUUCGAUAAUAAAACGAAUACUACAAAUACUCUAGCUUGCAUCUACAUGCUGGAUUUGUGUGAGCAGAAAACUGACAGAGGGCAGAAAGUGCCUGAAGGACAGUGGAGCUGCCAAGUUUGCGAGGAAGCGCUCAACCUUAUAGUGA